AUGCUCAUCAAGACGCUCGCCGACGAGAAAUACGAGGUCGAUGUGGCCGAGACGGCGACGGUCGCCGAGGUCAAGGCCAAACUCCAGGCCAUGGAUAUCGGGGCGCCCGCAGACCGCUCCAAAAUCAUCUUUCGUGGCCGCGUGCUCGCAGACAGCGCCGAACUCUCCUCGCUCGGCAUCGCCCCAGGCGACUUUAUGGUGCUCAUGAAGCCCAAGCCUGCGCCUGCCGCAUCCGCCGCGGCGCCGGUCGCUGCGCCGACGCCACCUCCAGCGCCGGCGCCGGCACCGGAACCGGAGCCCGCUCCGGCGCCACCGCCCGCAGCGCCGCCUGGAGUCGACGCUGCUGUGGUGGACUCACUCGUUGAGAUGGGAUUCCCGCGCGAUGCCGUCGUGGUCGCUCUGACCGCAGCCUUCGGGAAUGCCGAUCGCGCGGCUCAGUACCUCUUCGACCCCUCCUCGAUGCCGGCAGAGAGCGCUCCGCCCGCUGCGCCACCUCCGGAGGCGACUCCGCUGGCCGCGCCGCCGGCGGCCGCGCCGCCGACUGCCGCGCCCGCGGCCCCGGCGGCCACUCCCGCCUUCACCGCGGACAACAUCCUAGCUGCGAUCGGCGGAGCGGCGCCCGCCGCGCCGCCUCCGCUGACGCCGCUGCAGCGCAUGCUGUCGGAGCCACGACUAAUGCAGUGUGUGACGCUGGCGCGGCAGGACCCGAGCCAGCUGGGCCCGCUGCUGCAGCAGCUGAGCACCGAGGCACCCGCCCUCCUCACCCUCGUGCAGGCCCACCAGGGUUCCGGGCAUGCACAAGGAACAAAGCGCGGGGGGGGUGCCCCGCUUCUGGCUAAGCGGCCCGCGCGAAAACCUAACGCCCGCGCCGAAACCUCGCGCCGGGUGGGGGAUAGGCGAACCUGCUCUUUGACUCGGACUGAGGUGCGGCGGCGGCAGCAGCGGCGGUUCUGCGGGGCGUUGUCGGUGGUGCAGCACCCCGCCGCGGCGGCGGCCCCCAACGCGGCGGCGGCCCCAACGGUGCACGCGACAGAGGCAUCUCGUCCGAGGUCGCUGUUUUUGCAGGGGGGUGCGGGGUGUGGAGGGGGAGUGUGGUUGGGGCGGACUCACAGGCUGCGAUUCUUUUGACUAGCCUUGGAGCACUUGGAGUGCAGUUAUCA